GUUUCCUGUGGGUCAAAGUGGUGAUUUGAUUAAUUAUCAUCCAUGACAACAUUUGCCAUAUUUUUAGUUCCGGAACACUGAUUUGGUUGUUGUAGAUAACAAGGAUAGGCUUAAAAUGAAGUCUGAAGUUACCACAGAGGAUGAAAUCGAGUUGUGUCCCUUCUUGUUUCACCAGCUGCUUGUCUUCUAUGAUGGAGGAGUAGACGGACCAUGUUUCUGAGGGAGCUAUCAUCCUGUGAUGGGAGCAUCCCUGAAAGUUCUGAUGGUGAUAAUGGAGGUUAUGUUUCUUGAACAUCUGGCCUCUCCCGCACGGAGUUACCGUACACGUCAACCAAGGUCUGACGUCACACUGCUGUCAGUUAUACGUUUGAAAGAAAGCUGUGAAACUGUUACUCGGAAGCUAACCCAGCAUGAGAGUUACCAAAUCCAAUGGGAAGGACAGGGAACCGGAGCCAGCUGUAAGCUAAGCUUCCUCGCAGAAAACCCAUACAAUGUUAUGACUGAAUACAAAAUUUGCUUCCGAUUUUUGGUUUAUGACAUCGAGGACUGUGGAAUCAAAGUUCGAUUCUCUGAGUCUGCAUGGAUGUACUUUAACUAUGUGUACGACACCAGGGAAUACAGCUGUAAAGACCGCAUGCCUAUUAACCAAUGGUGCAGUGGAUGGCACGGCCAAGCAUGGAUCAGCCUACUUACAGCAUCUUGGCAAAAACAAGGGAAAUUCACAAUGGAAGUCACCGCUAUAGCAAAGACGAGUCUGACUGUGGCAGCCUGUGUAGCAAUUGUCCUGAGUUGUCUUGGGAGCUUGUUUCUCAUAUGUAUAGUGAUAAGCUGUGUCAGAGCAAAACGUCGUAGAACUAGAGGAAACAUUCGACGCUCCAGACUUUCCGAUAUCCGAAAUAUGAGGAUGAAUAGAGCUAACCGAAUACUGAUGGAUUCCAGUGCCUCCUUCCCAAGAGAAGAGUCCAAUUCACAGCCUUUUCUCUUCACAGACUUCUCGUCCUCCUUUCUACGCCCACCACAGACCACCAUAGGGAGAUCCCCAUCCUUAGGUGUCAUUGGUCGUUCAACACCCAUAGAUGAAGAUAAUAUCUCGGACAUUGCACCAUCUACUGACCAAAUCAGCAGUCCUCCACCCUCAUACCACACAAUCAUUCCACAGGCCCCCGACGGGACAGAUAGUCAGCUACUCUCUGACCAAACAGAAAACAUGCAGCUGCCCACUGAACCAAGGGACGUCCCACCCCCUACAGAACAAGGGGACGUCCCACCGCCUUCCUAUAACACAAUCAAUCCUCCGCCAUCUUAUGAAGAAUGCAUGCAAUAUACAAUUACAUGAAUUUGUAUUUACACUGAUAUGAAAACAUUUAUUUUGGGAUACCGUCCAAAAUAGUGAUAUCAGUAAUUGUCCUCAAUUAGCUGUCAUUUACCUGUAUAGUAUAGGUUUGGGGUAUGGAAGACUUGUUGAUUUAAUCCCAUUGUACGAUGUGACUGAUCAGUAGAGCCCAGUUGUAGAGUCUGCAAUUUUUUUGUGAUAUCUUCUGCUGUCAGGACAUUUGACUGAAAUAAUGUCUGCCCCACUGCAAAUACUGUAUAGUUUUUUUUAUAUUAGCAUAGGAUUUAAUCUCCCUCUAUUUGUGGUCAUUAAAUGUAAAUAUCCAGUGGAUAUUAAUAUAUACAAAAGUUUAGAAGAUUUUUACAAGGCGUGGUUUUGCGCAAAAUUAAAUAUCUGCUGAUAGUUUCUGCUGGGAAAACUGAAAUAUUAGCCCUGUACAAAUAACUAUAUAUUACUUAGGAUAACUGCUUUCUUUUAAGUGAUGGUGUCAUAAAACAGGUAAUGUGAAUGCCAUGGAUCACCAAGCUUUCAUGUCUGAAUUGUGAUAUUUCAGUGAGAUCACACUUAAAAGUCUGGAGUCAUGUGACACUGGCUAUUGUGAGGUUCCAAACAAACUAUUGUGAGGUUCCAAACAAACUAUUGUGAGGUUCAAAACAAACUAUUGUGAGGAUCAAAACAAACUAUUGUGAGGAUCAAAAUAAACUAUUGUGAGGAUCAAAACAAACUACCAAGUGAGAUAAAAAUAAUAACCAAUACUGAUAACUCCUACAGGAUCACACAUACUGAUGACCCAACUCCUACAGGAUCACACAUACUGAUGACCCAACUCCUACAGGAUCACACAUACUGAUGACCCAACUCCUACAGGAUCACACAUACUGAUGACCCAACUCCUACAGGAUCACACAUACUGAUGACCCAACUCCUACAGGAUCACACAUACUGAUGACCCAACUCCUACAGGAUCACACAUACUGAUUACCCAACUCCUACAGGAUAACACAUACUGAUGACCCAACUCCAACAGGAUCACACAUACUGAUGACCCAACUCCUACAGGAUCACACAUACUGAUGACCCAACUCAUACAGGAUCACACAUACCGAUGACCCAACUCAUACAGGAUCACACAUACCGAUGACCCAACUCCUACAGGAUCACACAUACUGAUGACCCAACUCCUACAGGAUCACACAUACUAAUAAAAAUCAGGAAACUUUAUCAUAGAUAAUAGUAAUGAUGAUAUUAUUUAUUAAUACCGGUACUAUAGACAUGUUCCCGGUGAUAGGAGCCUUCGUUAGCUUGACAGAUUUAAGCUUAGUGCUGCAUUUACUAUCUUUGUGUAAUAUGUUCGAAUAUUUAUGAAAUAAAUUGGCUUAAAUUUCA